GGUCAUGUAGUUCUGUGGCUCAGGAUGCUCCUGGCGAAUGAGAGACAAGCAAAUCCAGUUGCCUAACGAGUUGAACUUUUGCAACCCCCAGCACUACGCCAACGACGGUUAUGGACAAGCGUUCUGGGACACAAGAAUGGCUGAACGUGCAUCUACACUUCGGGAUAUCGGAACUAUAGAAUCAACUUAAAAGGCUGUGAUGAUCACCCCGAGAUUUAACCCAUCGACAUCCCAAUCUGUUGCGCCAAACCUCUCUGUUCCCCUGUGCUCUUUUCAACAAUAUUCAAUCGUUAUUCAGAACCCCAAUUCAUUAUGUCGUCCACCAUGUCAAACGCGACUUGCGACUUUGACUUUCCGAAUUGGGCGUCGCUCACCAGCGUUCCCACAAACAUCACUGUUGGCGGUAUCAUAAAGACCAACGAAACUAUGACCGCGAUGCAGAACUGCUGCGCGCCGAAUCCCAUUCACGCUACCGGGAAUGACAGCUGCGUUUUGUGGUGCGAGGUCCCAAAGAAUAUCACGACCUUCGAGGAAUGGAAGGAUUGCGUGUUCAAAUACUCGGACCCCGUCCCGGGCCUUAGUGUCAAUUAUCGGGAAGCACAGUCAAUGGGCGCGGCGAUACGUCCGACUGUAAAGCUUGUUGCUGUGACUGGGCUUCUUGCUUUAGGCCUGUACGCCUGGUAACUGCCUGGCCUAGAAGAGCGACUCAAUAAUAAGGCAUGUUGGGGUGUAUAAACGACUUGUUAUAUCAUCUGUUAGGAGAAGUAGUAAUCGGGGAGUGUGUUCACUAUUGGAAUUAGGAAGGCAGGGAUGGAUAAUCCUGGUGGCUGACUAAGUUCCUUAAUGCAAUAUACAGUAUGAUUCCUCACUUAUAGUCACGGCUCCUAGCCUUUAGGCUAGCCGUACGGCCGUACGGAUGACGUACGGG